ACCAAAAAUAAACAGCAAAUUUCCACCUGUAAAUGAUUCGUUGUAAACAAAACCCAAUUUGGCAAAUCACCCAUUUUUUAUUUUUAAAUUUCUUUGAUGAUUUCCCAUGUUUUCCCAUGUUUGUUUCCUUAGUUAAAAUUUCCUCCAUCUUCAACCUUUUUCUUCUCAUAUGCAUAUCUGGGUGAUUCUUAUUUUUAUGUCUUCAUAAAAUCAUCUAUGUUGUGUGGGGUCCGUUAGUGAUAAGCACGCCUGGCAGUCUCAUAAUUCCCUCCAAACGCCUUUCUCUCUCUUCCUCUCUUUCACUUUUCUUUCUCUCUCUUCCCAACCCUUUUGAUGUUCUUCAAUUGACAAUUUUUAUCAUCAAGAUUGAAUCUUUUUUUCAAUUUUGUUUUUAAAGUUCUUAGCUUUGGAUUUGUACCAUCUUCGUGACAUAAGGUUCUAUUGUCUGCUACUUGAAGCAAUAACUUUCUGCUGCAAAUAUAUCUGUAAAUUUUCUACAUCUUACAAUGUCAGUUUCCCUGAGAGAUCUUGAUCCAGCAUUUCAGGGAGCGGGUCAAAAGGCAGGACUGGAAAUAUGGCGCAUUGAGAAUUUUCGUCCUGUACGCGUUGCGAACUCUUCCUAUGGAAAAUUUUAUACAGGGGAUUCUUAUAUUAUUUUGAAGACAACAGCAUUAAAAAGUGGUGCAUUACGUCAAGAUAUACAUUAUUGGCUCGGCAAAGAUACUUCUCAGGAUGAAGCUGGUGCUGCGGCCGUCAAAACUGUGGAGUUGGAUGCUGCUCUGGGAGGUCGUGCGGUCCAAUAUAGAGAGGUGCAGGGCCAUGAAACUGAGAAGUUUCUUUCAUAUUUUAAACCAUGUAUAAUUCCCUUGGAAGGUGGAGUUGCAUCUGGUUUUAAGCAUCAUGAAGCUGACCAAUAUACGCCACGCCUCUAUGUUUGUAGAGGGAAACAUGUAGUUCAUGUAAAUGAGGUUCCUUGUACCCGAUCUUCUCUAAAUCACGAUGAUAUAUUCGUUUUGGACACUGAAUCCAAAAUUUUUCAAUUCAAUGGCUCCAACUCUUCCAUUCAAGAGAGAGCUAAAGCAUUGGAAGUUGUUCAGUAUAUUAAAGAUAACAAUCAUCAUGGAAAAUGUGAUAUAGCUGCAAUUGAGGAUGGGAGGUUGAUGGCUGAUGUUGAAUCUGGUGAAUUUUGGGGUUUUUUUGGUGGUUUUGCUCCACUACCAAGAAAAACAGCUACUGAAGGCAAUAUAAUGGCUGAUCCUACUCCUGCUAAGCUUUUCCAUGUUGAGAAGGGACAGGCAGAACCAGAAGAAGCUGAUUCUUUAACAAGGGAUCUACUAAAUACAAAUAAAUGCUAUAUUCUGGACUGUGGUAUUGAAGUUUUUGUAUGGAUGGGAAGGAAUAGCACUCUCGAUGACAGAAAAAGUGCAAGUGGAGCAGCUGAAGAAUUGCUUAGGAGCCUCAACCGACCAAAGUCUCAUGUAAUCCGUGUAAUUGAGGGUUUUGAGACAGUUGUCUUUAAAACAAAAUUUGAUUCUUGGCCUCCAGCGGUCGAGGUUGCUGUAUCUGAAGAUGGAAGAGGCAAGGUUGCCGCUCUUCUCAAACGUCAAGGUGUCAAUGUGAAAGGCCUUGUGAAAGCUGAACCCGCAAAGGAUGAACCUCAAGUAUACAUUGACUGCACUGGAAACUUGCAGGUUUGGCGUGUAAAUGGCAACAAGAAGAAUCUCCUCUCUGCUUCUGAACAGUCAAAGUUCUACAGCGGAGAUUGCUACAUUUUUCAGUAUUCAUACCCUGGAGAAGAUAAGGAGGACCACCUUAUUGGGACAUGGUUUGGCAAGCAAAGUAUUGAGGAGGAACAAACAUCAGCCACAGCCUUGGCUAGCAAGAUGGUAGAAACAAUGAAGUUCCUGCCAACUCAGGCUCGAUUUUAUGAAGGAAGUGAGCCGAUCCAAUUCUUUGCUAUCUUUCAGAAUUUUAUUGUUUUCAAGGGUGGACUCAGUGAAGGGUACAAAAACUAUGUUGCUGAGAAAGAAAUUCCCGAUGAUACAUACACAGAGGAUGGUGUUGCUUUGUUUCGAGUUCAGGGUUCUGGACCUGAUAAUAUGCAAGCUAUUCAAGUAGAAAAGGUUCCAACAUCUUUAAAUUCUUCAUACUGUUACAUAUUACAUAGUGGCUCCAUUGUGUUUUCAUGGUCUGGAAAUCUCACGUCAUCAGAGGAUCAGGAGCUUGUCGAGAGGCAGUUGGAUAUCAUCAAGCCAAAUUUGCAGUGCAAAAUACAAAAGGAAGGAGCAGAAUCAGAACAAUUCUGGCAGUUGUUAGGAGAGAAAACCGAAUACCCAAGCCAGAAAAUUUCUAGAGAUCCUGAAAGUGAUCCUCACUUAUUCUCAUGCCACUUCUCUAAAGGAGUUUUGAAGGUGGUAGAAAUAUAUAAUUUCUCUCAGGACGAUCUAAUGACUGAAGAUAUAUUUAUAUUGGAUUUGCGCUCGGAUAUCUUUGUUUGGGUUGGACAGAUGGUGGAUUCCAAGACCAAACUGCAAACUUUGUCAAUUGGAGAGAAAUUUGUGGAAUGUGAUUUUCUUCUAGAGAAGCUGUCUCCUAAAGUGCCCAUAUACGUCGUCAUGGAAGGGAGUGAACCCCCUUUCUUCACUCGCUUUUUUACGUGGGACUCAGCAAAAUCUGCUAUUCAUGGAAACUCAUUUCAGAGGAAGUUCGCAUCAAUGAAGAAUGGUGGGACCCCACCAGUAGACAAACCAAAAAGGAGAACCCCUGUAUCAUAUGGGGGCCGGUCUAGUGUGCCAGACAAGUCACAGGGUCGUUCAAGGAGUAUGUCUUUCAGCCCGGACCGUGUCCGUGUGAGAGGAAGGUCUCCUGCAUUUAAUGCGCUUGCUGCUACUUUUGAGAGCCACAAUGCCAGGAAUCUCUCAACACCACCUCCAAUGGUUAGAAAGCUUUAUCCAAAAUCAGGCACCCCAGAUUCUGCUAAUUCAGCUCCAAAAGCUGCUGCUAUCGCAGCACUUACUGCAUCUUUUGAGAAAACCCCACGAGAACCUCUUACUAUACCCCGCUCUCGUAAAGUGAAUGUAGAACCUCCAAAAGAAACACCAUCCCCGGAGUCAAACUCAAAGGAGAAUUCCAUGGGUAGCAUAGUAGAAGAUUCCAAGGAGGACGAGGUUGAAGAUGAGGAGGGACUUACAAUACACCCAUAUGACCGUCUGAAGACGAUAUCGACUGAUCCUGCUCCUGAUAUUGAUGUCGCUAAGCGGGAGACUUACCUCUCUGCAGCGGAGUUCAAAGAAAAAUUUGGAAUGGCAAAAGAAGCUUUCUACAAGCUACCAAAGUGGAAACAAAAUAAGCUAAAAAUGGCCUUGCAUCUGUUUUGAGCAUCAGCAAGGUCUUGUUCUUCUGUUGCCGCAGUGCUUGACAGCCAUUCUGACUGUCUCGUGUUUUUCUGCAGUGAUACUUCUUUCAUGUUGGUGUGAAGGGACAGCAUCAGUGUUUUUAGGCUGCUUCUGCUCCCAAUAACUUACCUUUUUAUUGCACUAGAUGGGUUUUGUUAGGAAUUGUUCUCUGAAUAUAUAUUUUUUUAUCCUACCCCUGCGCGGGAGCGGGUGGUUUGGUGCCUAGUUUUGGUUCUUUCAAUUUUCUGUCAUAUUCUUUAGGUCACAGCACUGUUGUGAGCUUGCAUUUUUGUUUCAUUUCGGUCGAGUCUGUUAAAGAUUGAUUGAAGAGGAGGAAUUAUAGGAUUUUCAAGGUCAAUUCCUUUUUAGGUUGUACUGAAGAGCCAAGGUUAAAGGUUUGUACAGAAGAGUGUAAAAAUUCUAGUUCAGAGCUCACAUUUUUUUAUAAUAAGGUGUGCAUUUCAAAAUACCA